AAGAGAGAGUCGUGUGUGAAACACCUGACAUUUACCUGUCUUUCUGUAAUAGCUAUCAUACCAGUGGUUGAGGAUAACUAAUACGGGACCUGCCGUCCGCGUGCCGAGACCAUGCGGCAUCCCUGCAGGUGACCAUGCAUCCCUGCUCACUGACUAUCAAGAAUCUUCAUUUCUUGAUUUUGAUAUUUAGCAUCUUUAAUUUUUGUCAACACCUUAGGGUGAUGACAACGGCGGCUGCUUUUACUGCAAGCAUCAUCUGUAGUAAGAUACCAGGUCUGACACCGGCCCAGCAAAGAUUGUGCCAAGAGAGACCUGAUUUGAUAGUGGCUGUGGGAGACGGUGCCCGAAUGGGUAUAAACGAGUGUCAAAAACAGUUCCGUCACAGAAGGUGGAAUUGCACAGCAAUCGGAAGUUCCUAUGUCUUUGGACACGUUGUAGUCAUUGGUAGCCGGGAAGCUGCUUACACUUAUGCGGUGACGUCAGCUGGAGUGACGUACGCCAUCACGCAGGCCUGCAGUCGUGGCACUUUAUGGCACUGUGGAUGUGACAUAAGCAAAGAUGGUAUGCUAGACCCUGAAGGUGGAUGGAAGUGGGGUGGAUGCAGUGCCGAUGUCCGACACGGCAUGAAAAUGAGUCGCCAGUUCAUGGACGCUCGGGAAAUAGAAGGUGACGAAAGGUCGCUUAUGAACCUUCACAAUAACAGAGCUGGUCGAAAAGCUGUGCUUUUCACCGUACAAACAGAGUGUAAAUGCCAUGGCGUGUCUGGUUCGUGUACGAUGAAAACAUGCUGGCUAACAUUGCCACCAUUCAGUAAGACAGGGGACUAUUUAAUGCGCCGCUACCAAAUAGCAAAGAGAGUCUUUGCCCACUUCGGAGGACCAGCCAAAAAAACAACAAGAAAGACUAGGCCUCUAUUUUUAAGAACUAAGAAGUCCAAAAGGCCGCAUCGCAAACCGAGGCCAAGAGACCUUGUAUACCUUGAAAAAUCUCCAAACUAUUGUGAGGCAGAUCCUAUGAAGGGAUCGACCGGCACUUCGGGUAGACUGUGCAAUCGCACAUCCAGAGGAACGGAUGGAUGCGAUUUAUUGUGUUGUGGUAGAGGUUACAAUACACAUCAAUUUACCAGGACUGCGCAAUGCCGCUGUAAAUUUCAUUGGUGCUGUUACGUGGAUUGUCGCGUGUGCACAGAAAGGACAGAAGUGUAUUCGUGUAAAUGACUCGCACCAUUCAUCCAACUUUAUAAGUGUUUAGAGUUUUGAGUGUCGCGUCGAAAUACGCCAAAAAUUGCAGACAUGACGCUCCCUCUGGAACGAGUAAUUUUCAUUCCAAUCGCUCGA